AUGAUGGAGUAUAAAGAAGUUCCUAUGAUCCACAGAAGUGAUCCAGCAAAAGCUUUUGGAGUGUACGUGAGGUCACUGGUGAGAAACACAUUGAAGAGAGAUAUUCCUCUUCAAAUUGAGCUCGUUUUAUCUGAUGAUAAGGGUGGAGAUAACCAAGCAGUAAGGGCUUCAAUGAGCCACGCCCACUGGAGAGAAGGUCAAGAAAGAGAACGGGUAAGUCAGAAGAUUGAUCUCGUAAGCUAGAAUUUGGUCUCUAUUCUAAGACGGUCCACAAGAGCCAUUGGAACGCAUGGAUCACGAAGAACUUGACGAUGGACAUGCCGGAAUGGCACAGACAGAGAUGAUCGAAGAACAACCGAUACUACGCUUGGCAGACAUGGAACUACGCCUGGAGGAGCGGAAACGCAAAAUCACGGAGUACUGGAGGUUAUCAGGGAGUUAG